UGUUCAUUACAAUAGUUUUUUUGGAUAUUUUACAUAUUUCACUUUCCCUCGGAUACAUGGCAAAAUUAUUCCACUCAUGUUUUCUAGUGUUGUGCUCACUUUAAGAGGAAACUGAUACUUCAUUUAUGGACGUUUAAUUGGCCGUAGAUAUGCCGAUGAGUGGAAGGAACAAAGUUUGGAGAAGACGAAAUGGAUCCCAUCGCUACAGCUUUAUGUCAAAUGCCAGUCAGGAGUCACUGAAAACGUUUGCUGAUGCAGAAGAAGAAUUUCUCCAUGCGGCGGAAUUUGGUGACAUACCGGGGGUAAAACGGUUGUUAAAUGAGUUCCCCGAUUUAAAUAUAGAUUGCAUUGAUGCACUCGGGCGGACAGCUCUCCGACUUGCUGUUAAAAAUGAACAUUUGGAGGUGGUUGAACAUCUGUUGGAUCGAUCCAGUCAGCAUCAUAUAUAUGAAGCGGUACUUCAGGCCAUCAGCGCUGGACAUGUCCAGAUUGCUGAGACAAUCCUUAAACAUCGACGUUAUCUUGAAAUGUGGAGAGAAAGACGAAAAAUGGGUGAUACGGAUGGUUUCUUCAAAACAGUGAAUUUAGCAGAGUCACAGUUUUCACCGGAUAUUACCCCCCUUAUCCUAGCUUCACAAAAAAAUCAGUACGAAAUUGUUCAGCUACUACUUUUACGUGGGGAAUUGAUUCAGAAACCGCACAAGUUUACAUGUUCGUGUCAAGAAUGUCGGAAUAAAACAAAGUUUGACCAGUUGAGGUUGGCCAAAUAUAGACUGAACGCUUAUCGUGGGCUGGCAAGCGAGGCCUAUCUCUCCCUGUCCAGUAAAGACCCUAUUCUGUCAGCAUUUGAACUUGCUGAAGAAUUACGAAAAUUAUCCAAAAUAGAGAAACAUUUCAAGAAAGAAUACAAGGAGCUAGCAGAGCAGUUAAGUGAGUAUGUUGUGAAGUUAUUAGACAGAAUUAGAACCCAAGAAGAACUGGAAAUGGUAUUAAAUAAAACUGGUCGAAGUAAUCAGGAGAAAUAUGAGAGCUUAGCCAGAUUUAAACUAGCAUUAUGCUAUCACGAAAAGGGAUUUGUAUCCCACCCUAGUUGUCAACAGAGAUUGGUUAAACUAUGGUAUACUGGUAUGGGACGAUGGGAGAGAAAUGGAUGGCCUCAACGAAUAUUAUUCGUCUUUUUAUUGAUUCUGUGUUACCCGUUUUUAAUCAUAACUUAUUUAAUUGCACCAAAUUGCAAGUUUGUUAAAGUGUUGAAGUAUCCAUUCGUCAAAUUUGUUGGCCAGUCUUUGUCGUUUUUCCUAUUUUUAAUGUUAAUUAUAUCCUCGGCUUUCGAGUCGUCACAGGGAGUAUCUAAAUAUAGAACUUACAAGUCAACAUUUCCAUCGGAUCAUGUUAAAUAUGAAAUGGUUAUCAACGCUACCGGUUCCAGGCCUUUUGGAGAUGAUUUUCCUUUGAGAACAGAGCUGCCUUCAGUACCAACAAUACUGAUGAGUUUGUGGGUCCUAGGAUUUAUGUUUCAAGAAUGUAGUCAGAUUUAUCAGAACGGUCUAUUGGACUAUAUAACAUCAUAUUAUAAUAUAAUGGAUUUUGGUCUAAUCUCAGCUUAUACAGCAACUUUUACACUUCGAUUCUUGUCUAUGUAUAAGUUUUGGAGCGCUCAACGUGAAAUAGAACAAUCAACCUCCCUUGAUCCUGACAAAGCUUUUUAUACAAUUUAUUGGUUAAAUGCCGAUCGAUUUUACUGGGAUGCAUUUGAUCCAAUCAACCUAUCGGAGGGUCUGUUUGCUAUUGCUAACAUCUUAAGCUUUGCCAGAAUUAGUUACCUUUUACCAGCUAACGAAAGUCUUGGACCUCUACAGAUAUCACUUGGACGAAUGUUAAAUGACAUUGCUAAAUUCAUCACUCUUUUCGUAUUCGUAAUGGUUGCUUUUAUGAUUGGUCUACACAACCUAUUUUGGUACUACAGUAAUCACGAAAAUCUGGAGAUUGAAAAUAGGAAUAUGACAAUUAAUGCCAAACAAAGUUUUGGAGAUGUUAUGGCGACAUUUAGAACAGUAUUUUGGUCUUUAUUUGGACGAGGUGAACCAGAUGCUGUUCGAUUAGGUGAAUAUAAUAAUAAUGUGACAGAAGACAUUGGUUAUAUUAUAUAUGGGGCCUAUAACGCAACAUCGGUGACAGUUCUACUGAAUAUGUUGAUCGCCAUGAUGACCAGAUCAUUUCAAACAAUAGCAGAAGACUCUGAUGCAGAAUGGAAGUUUUCUAGGAGUAUGUUAUAUAUGGAAUAUAUCGGUGAUUCGGCUGUGUUACCAGUGCCUUUUAAUGUAAUUUUAGCCCCUAAGGAGAUAGUUAAAACUUUAUUUUGUUCUUGUUGCCAUAAUUCAGAUGACGAUGUAGUCACGGCUAAGCCGGGUAAAAAUCGUCUGGUUGAAGAGUCGACGGGAACCACCGGGGCAGCAAAUCUAGCAUACGACAGCGUUGCUGUUGAGAUGACAGAAACAAACGGGUCACAAUCGACCGAACGAAAAUUGCCGAUGUCAUCUUCAAUUAACGAGGAGCCAGAGCUCGAUGAAAAAAUAACUUACACGAAAGUUAUGCAAAGAAUUAUCCAAAGAUAUAUAUUCGACAUUCAGAGAGAAGCGGAAGUGACCGAAGAUGACUUCGAAGAAAUAAAGCAAGACAUUUCUAGUUUCCGGUACGAGAUUCUAAAUCAAUGGCGAACAAAGGAAGUCGUUCAAUCUGAGAUGGCGAACAACCUGGUCGCCAUGAAGAAGCACAUUGAAAGUUUACACAGUGAAUUAAGUGGUCGAAGUGGAUCCAGAGAAGGCCAACAAAAAGAACCAACUAAAGCCUCGGUCGUGUGUCCGAUCGCGACACCGGAGGACAUCGAGACUUUGGUAAAAGAUAAAAAGAAAAAUUGAAGAAAGUUGAGUGAUCGUUUUUUGAGGCCUUGAUAAAUAUAACGUGUGGAUUUUUAUAAUGGUUGAUGUUUUUGUACGGGAUUGUCAGAUCUUAUUCUUAUUAUAAAUAUAUAUAUUUAA